AUGUCACUGCUCAACCGAAUCGGCGAGCCGCUUCGCGGCGCCACUUUUGGCUUUCCGAUCAAACACAGCGUUGGACCGGCGGUGCACACCUUCGUGGCUCAGCUGCUUGGCUUGCCGUGGACUUUCACACAUGGCGAAUAUGCCGAAGAGGAGCAAGUGUGGCAGCACAUUCAAAGCGCCGACUUUGGAUUCGGUGCCAUCACGAUGCCUUUCAAAUCGACCAUCAUGACGCGGCUGGAUCACAUCGCCGACGAUGCCAAGGCAAUCGGUGCCGUCAACACAAUCAGCUUGGUCAAAGGGUCAUCGAACGCAUCGCCUCAAUACCACGGUCACAACACGGACGCGGCCGGCAUCGCGCAAGUGUUUCUAGAAAAAGAUGCUAUGCUGCGACGCAUCCCGCAACGAAUCGGUCUGGUCAUUGGCUCCGGUGGUGCGGCGCGUGCCGCGAUCUGGGCCAUGGUCUUCAUGCUUCACUGUCCUUGCGUUCUGGUCGUGGCUCGCUCGGCGACCGCCGUCAAAGCAAUGAUCGACGACAUGCAGGCUGCAGUUCAGGCACAGGGCGGCAAGUUCCCGCUGUCGGAAUGUGUCUUCCAUGUCGCUUCCGUGGCGCACGCUCAACGACUACUCGACCAAGGCAUCACCCCUUCGUUGGCCGUCAGUUGCAUUCCCGAUGCCGCCAUGACCCGUCAGGCAACGCCGACGGCAACAGAGGGCAAGACCGCAGCAGAGGACGUAAUGUACGCGGUCCUGGAUCUCCUUCUGGUCGGUCGUCUGCAUCGGCACCAGGCUCAGACUAGCCCGUGCAUGCUGAUCGACAUGUGUUUCAAACCGCUGGUGACCUCGAUCAUUCGUACGGCGCGAGCUGACGGAUGGCACACCAUCUCCGGCAUCGAGGUACUGGGUGCCCAACUGAUCGAACAAUGGCGAAUCUGGCUGGGCACUGACUCGUCCUUGUUCGCCUCGAUCCCUCAGAGCCAGGUCCGCGACAAGAUGCGCCAGCUGGCUGCCUCGAGCUCGGCUUUGCAGUCUUCGGACGAUGCCAUCUUGUCUUUUGCCGAUCGACUCAAGGCUAUGCCGCAAGCCGUCAUGAGCGCUUCGUUGGGCUAUGCUGAUGCGCAGAGUAUCGAAGAAAAGGUGGCUGCUGCUGCGGCAGAACGAUUCGACGGCAUCGAGAUUUUCUACGAAUGCCUUCGUGUCGCUUCGCUACGACUGGUCAACAAAUCGAUCGAGCAACUGCCUUCUAAUGAAGAGCUACUGGCAGGUGCGCAGUACAUACGACAGCUUUGUGACAGUCACCAAGUCCGCAUCGUCGCACUCCAGCCGUGGCUCAACUACGUGGGCCUGCGUGACCGUCAAGAGCGUGAUCGACGCGUGCAAGACGUGCUGCCUCUCUGGUUCGAGGUAGCCGAUAUCUUGGGCACCGACGUCAUUCAGGUGCCUUCAAUGAUGUUUAAAAAGAUCUCACUCGGCAAUUCCGAGGUGGUGGUAGCGGAUCUGCGUGCCAUAGCCGAGGCAGGCCUGACGGGACGACAAGGACAGGGCAAACCUCCGAUCCGUUUCGCCUACGAGGCCAUGGCCUUCGGUGCAUGGACCAGCCGAUGGCAGGAUGCUUGGAAGGAGGUCGAGGCGGUCGAUUUGCCCAACUUUGGCAUCGUGCUUGACACGUUCCAGAUCCUCGGAGAAUGUUGGGCGGAUCCUGCAAGCGAGAGUGGCGUGCUGUACGAUGGAGAGCUUCGUCUUCAAAAGUGUCUCGACGAUCUGCGAACAACCUUUGCUGGUCAUCAAGCCAAGCAAACGCUCAAUCGACAGAAGGUAUUCUACAUUCAGAUCGGCGAUGCUGAACGUAUGACGCCGCCCUUGACCAUCGACCAUGCCUUAUUCGACCCGACCAUGCAUGCGAACAGCAAGAUGGCAUGGAACAGGUCCUGCCGCAACUUUGCCGGUGAAGGCUACCUGCCCCUGUUGCCCUUGCUGCGAGUCAUCUUCGAAGACAUUGGCUUCCAAGGAAUUGUCAGCGCCGAAGUGAUGAAUGCGGAACUCAAAAAUGCCGAUAAGACCAUUCCCCUCCGCAACGCGCAACGAGCCAUGGCUGGAUGGCGUCGGUGUCAGGAAAUGCUGCUGGAUGACGGACACAAAUAG